GUUCGCCCGCCCGCCUGGCCGCGCGCAUCUCUCGGUGUCACCGGCAGGUCUUACCUUGGUGAGUUGAGCGAUCUUCUUGCACAUCUUGCUGUGCAUCUGGUAGUCGUACAGCUCCUGCUCGAUGUUCUGGAAGUCUGCCGCAGUCCCGUUAACGGCGGAGCCCGGCCCGGGGGGCUGUGCAGCCUUACCGGCGCCUGUAGCCAUGAUAAACCUCUACGGAAGGGGAACUUUCCAGACCGGAGGGGUUGUCACAAAUGGUCCUGCCGCCUCUCAGAUGCGAAUUCCCACCGUAAUCGUGUCAACUUAUCACUCGCGCAUCUCAUCCGUCCCUCGGUAGAGCCCUCUCCGUGAACAGCAGCUCGAGCGGUUUGCUGAGAAACAUUGGGUAGUAGUAGAUCGGCGGGGCUCUCCUCCUCGUGCGUUCCGGUUGUUGCCCCCCUCUCCCGCUAUCCGCCCGGUGAUCGGGUAGGUCACACGCUGGGAGUCCAUCGGGGACGCGCUCGCGCCAACCGACCCCUCGCUGCUGUAAACAGAUAUGCGUGCGUUUUUUUUUUUUUUUUUUUCUUAUUUCAAGAGGGAGCGCUCGCGAAUGAAAGCAUACAGUCCAACCACCUGUCUCGCGGCAGGGGCGGAUAGGGGCGUGUGUAUCCUAUAGAACAUUACCGGAGACAGCUCGAGAGGCGCACUGCUGCAGUGCUGCCCCGCCCCUACCGGCGCUGCUGUAUCAAUGCCGAUCACCGAGUGGAGGAGGAGGAGGGAGGGAGGGAAGGGGAAGGGGAGAAGAAGGGAGGAGGGUCUCUGGGGUGUAGUCGUGUGAUUUUACUCUGACAGUCAGGUGCCAUAAACAGCGUGCACCGGGAGUGACAGCAGAAAUAUGGAUGACAACCGGUGUGGCGUCACUAAUAUGCCUGUUCAAGGCCUUUAGUAUCACAUGAUACCAUUAUUAAUAUUAUUUGAAAAGUAGGCUGCAUUAACUUCACACCACCGUGUAUCCUAUCAUUAGUGAUUCUCCUGCAUACACUUUGACUGGACUAUCAUAGACUGUAAAUACUCUUAACCCUGUAAUGCUUGAAACCACAAAUUAUGGUCAGAAAAUUCCUUUUUUUUUGGAGCUCAAAUGUUGACUUGACUUCACUCAUUCAUAAUUUUGAUGCCUUCAGUGAUAAUCUACAAUGUAAAUAGUACAAAAAUAAAGAAAAGACAUUGAAUGAGAAGGUGUGUCCAAACUUUUGGCCUGUACUGUACAUUAGAUGUUUUUAAAAACUGAUAAACCACAAAACAUUUUAAUCAUUUAUUGGACUAUAUUGAGGUGUUCUUUUUUGUAAUUUGUUGAUAAUAUUGAUUUAAUAUCAGUAUAAAAGUAUGUAUCAAAUAUGAUACAAAAAGCAAUAAAGGGAACCUGUCCUCUCAAAUAAACUCAUUUGCUUUACAGGAAUGUUUAUCAACCAAUUUAAUUUCUUUAAAAAAGAUCACUCGUUAUAUAUAGGCCUUUUUGAUAGGCAAGUGUUAAAAUAUGGAAAAUUGUUCAAAACUUAGGGAGUGAUUAAGACGCGAGUUAAGGCUCCUGUGAGGAGUUUUUGGCAUUUAAAAGGUAGGAUAAAAUUUAUAUCACUGCCCUUUCAUGAUGUCCACAAGCAACCAUGACCACUAGCGUCAGUAUCAGCAAUUUUUGUUGUGUAAUUUUAAUGCCUCAAACUGGCAUUUGUAGGUACGUGUCAGCCAAGCACCUGCAGAAAUAAUAAUAAUAUUUAUUUAUAUAGCACCUAACAAGAUCCGAAGAGAUGAACAAAGUGCUUUGCAGUCAAAUAUACAAAUACAGAAAAAGAAAAUACAUGACAAGUGACAAAUGUCGCAAAAGUUUAAAAAUGAUCCUGAAUUACCCGGAAGCCAGUGUAGGGCGAGAAGAACGGGAGUGAUGUGACUGACAGCCUUUGCUUUUGCACUUUCCAUAUAAAAUUCACAAAACAUUAUAUAUUUGUUGAAAUCUUCCCACAUCAUGCAGCAAGUUGCCAGCAAUGCAGAGGUAUGACAAAGAUCAGGGUAUGAAUCCAUCUGAAGCCCCUUUAUCAUUCUUCCAUCAAUUUUAAUUUAUCAAACAUAAAUGCAACACUAUGAAUGCCACCAUGUGAGCUAAACUGUCUAAAAGUGUGUGCUGUUCUCAUUGGUAUGAUUUAUUGCAUUUGAGACUACAAUGACACUCAAAAGACACUGACUUCUUCAAGAGAGAUUUGGGGUUGCAGGCGGCUGCUGUCAGGAAUAAGCUGAUAGCAGCCUUUUACCCCUUUUUUUGUCAUCAUGGCUGCUUGGAACAGCUGUAAACACACUUAUCCUCAUACAUUGUAUGACCUAGUUUGACUGAAGCACGCUGAGGCCAAAUACACAACCACCAGAUUAGAUGACAAUGCAGGGACAGUUUUAGUCCUUAGUGGGACAUGUCCAAACAAAUUUGUAAUCAAUUAAAUAAAUGGGCCCAAAACAAUAGACACAUAGUGAAACUGGGCUUUGAGGGAGGGGAGUCGUUUGGGAUUUGUCUGCUUUGCCCAUUUUAUAAUCCAGACAGUCACUAUGGAUUAUAGGAUCAAAUUUACAAGGGUCUGGAAAGAUACACAUGCAAAACCUGACGCAUGAGCGUAAGGGUAUGUAAAAUUUUAGUUUGGUGACAGAAUGCCGAACAAUUAAGCACUGUAAGCAUUUGUAUCGUCUUAAGGUAACUUUUUGCAGAAGGUGACUCUGUCUCUUUUUGGUAAAUGGCAUGGUAGGUGUAAGGACUAGGGAAGAGAGUUUGAGUCUCUGCAUUCAGCAGCAUAAAUAUUUAAUUUGAUGUCUGCAAGACUUUGAUGACUCUAAAAUUUCUGGUUUUAGUUAAUCUAAUUAUCACUUCAGAGGUAAAAUUAUAUUAAAAAGUAAAGAGAAAAACAGGCAACCAUUCUAUUUUCUUGUAACACAAAUGUCUUCAAAACAAGUGAAAACGUCUCCUUUUGAAGUUUUUUCAAUGGUGAACGCUGUUUUGCCCUUGAAAUACGGAAACAUCUCAAACUUAUUUUGUUACCUUGUUAAUCUUUUAUAAAUAAUUUACUGUGUUUUGGCCUUUCCACACGCCUUUUAACAGGUUAUAGUAAAAUAAAACUCAAGAGAGUUCAGUCAGGCAUUGAGGGGAAGGAUACACGUCAUGACGCAGAGAGGUUACGCAUCUUACCUCUCGCGAGAUAGAACGAUAAUUGGAUUUGAAAACAGGCGGCAGUGUUGUUAGAGGAAAAAACGAAGAGGAGGUAAAACAAAACAUCUUUAAUGCUUUCUGUUCGACAUAGUGUUUGCCUUUUUGUUUUAACUUGGUGUAAAUCAUCUGUAGGAAACCCCCCCUGUCGAUAUAUUCAGGUUAUGGUGUUUUGCUGCUCUUUUACCGUCCUGGGAUUUGAAUCGAGAGUCCUUGUAGGUUAACGUUCACUAACGAGACUCUGGGGACCGACAGACUGUAGCUGUUAGCUUUCAGUAAAGACGACUGAGGAGGUGGAAGUGACUGCAGAGGACUCUUACACAACUUCUUAAGUGAUCCAGUUUAUUAUUAUUUGUUCUCUUUGUAAGGAAAAAUGACUGCGGACAAUGAAAUGGACAUUAAAGAGGCGUUUCAGCGCGCUCAGAAAGGCCACAAUAACAAGGCGAAGCUGGUGGCGAGCCUGAGGAGCAAAUACGAUAAGGUAAGUGAUGCAUGGUGAUUCAUAUAUAUAUAUGAAUAGUUUAAGAAAACGGCUAUGUCGGGUUAUUAUUAAAAUACUUUUUAAUGUUUGCUUUGGAUUAGAGUUUUUCCAUUGUAGAGAACAUCACAUCUCUACUGUAUAACCAAACUGUUACUCUAUCGUGACAGUCUGUUGUUGUAUAAACAGACAUAAAACAUGACAAAAACGUGAUUGUGCCAUAAAUGAUAGAUUUAUUUGUUUUCAAACAGAGAUGUGUCUGCUUUCUGUUUAAAAUGCUUCAAAAUACCUUCAUUAUAGUGUUGUAGCUCUUCAUUGGUGUCCAUAGGCUGUCAUCCCAUGGUCAUAAUUUACCACCUUGUCAGCUGUAAAUAUUGGCAGAAAUAAUAUAUUUAAAAAAGAAAAAAAACAACUCUCUAAGCUAUUUUGAUUUGCUGGUAAUUAUACUGAUAAUAUUGUACAUCCCUAUGACAAACAGAAUAAAUUGAGGGUUUCAAUUAACUCUCAGUUUAUGUAGACAUUUUAUAGAGUUUAGUUUCCAUGUAGCGCACAGAAAGCUUAGGUCAAUAUACAUGUAUGUUUUGUCUGAAAACUUAACUACUAUUUGGCUUUACCUGCUAUUGACAACAUCCUACCUUUCCUUCUCCAGCUUGAGGACAAGACACUCUUUCAUGAAGAGUUUGUCCAUUACAUGAAGUACGCCAUGAUUGUCUACAAGCGUGAGCCUGCGGUUGAAAAUGUUAUCGAGUUUGUCUCAAGGUUUGCCACAAGUUUCCAGACUCCACCUAAACCGGAGGAGGAGGAAGAGGAGGAGAAUGGAGAUGAGGAAGUUGAAGAAGAUGAAGAUCAUCCAUUUCUCAGUUUCAUUUUCAACUUUUUGUUAGAGGUAUGAACCUUUCAAAAAAUAAGAGCAGAAUGAAGAGUCAGUUUCCCUUUUUGUUUGUGUGCUAUGUUAACAAGAGAUCAACAUCAUGUAUUAUUUUUAAUCAUUUGCAGCAAACCUUUUGAAGAAAUCAGUUAACUCCAAGGCGAUUUAUUUUUGUCCUGUCCUAUGUGUUUUCUUUCUUUGUCGCCCCUCCCAGGUCUAAUGCAUUUUCCCUCCUUUCCCCUCAGUCUCACAAAGUCAACAGCCACGCGGUGCGUUUUCGUGUGUGCCAGCUGAUUAACAAAUUGCUGGGCAGUAUGGCGGAGAAUGCUCAAAUAGAUGACGAUCUCUUUGACCGCAUCCACCAAGCCAUGCUGAUCCGUGUCACUGACAAGUUCCCCAAUGUGAGGAUUCAGGCUGCUUUGGCCAUGACACGCCUGCAACAGCCAAAGGACCCAGACUGUCCAACCAUCAAUGGUUUGUGAGACAAACAAUGCAAAGUAUUAGUUACUGUCUUUGAUAAGUACUCUUUAUAGUACCCUUUGAUAUAGUUUUAACUUGUUGUACUUUGUAAUAAGUCCUCUAACUGUUUGAUUCUUUGGCUCUGACCUUUGUUUAGCAUACUUGCUGAUUUUGGAAAAUGAUGCAAAUGCAGAGGUGCGACGUGCCGUUCUUUCCUGCAUCGCCAUGUCCCCUCAGACCCUCCCUAAAGUCCUCAAACGUACCCGGGACAUCAAGGAGAAUGUCCGCAAGCUGGCCUACCAGGUACGACAGAUGUCUUCAGAUGAUCUGGUGUGAAUUAAUGAACAAACACAGCAAGUAUUCUUCAGAUAACAAAGGAACAAAGGUGUUUUAUUUGUUUCAAUUUACACUGCACUCUUGAACUUAACUUUGAUUUCUGUUGAAGGUUCUGGCAGACAAAGUUCACAUCAAAGCUUUGACCAUCGCACAGAGAGUUAGUCUACUCCAGCAGGGUCUCCAUGACACUUCAGGUAGUAUUUGUUUACUGAAAUCGACUGGAGCGGUUCAUUGAUUUGUGAAAUCGUUCCCAGAAAAACAAAUCAUUUUUACAUCUCUUGUUUACUCGUAAUUUCUUUGUACCUGGGGUUGGCUGUGUUGCAGAAGCGGUGAAGGACGUGGUGUGUUCCCGUUUGCUGCCUUCCUGGCUGCUUCGGCUGGACGGUAACAUCAUCGAGCUGCUCCACAGGCUAGAUGUGGAGAACUGUGCUCAAACAGCUCUGGACACACUGACAGCCAUUCUUAAGGGCACCCCUACAGAAGAGCUGCUGCAGAACAGAGUGGAGCUGGACAACAGGUACUAAAGGCUAUUUCACAUCACAUCAUAUGUUACAUAAAGAAAGAGCUCCAAGUUUGAGAUUCUGUGUGUUUUAACAGGAAGCUAAUUCCAGUGGACUCGCUCAGCUGUGAGACUGUGCUCUACUGGAGAGCUCUGUGUGAGUUUAUCAAGGCCAAAGGAGAUGAUGGUGAUGAAAUGCUGGAGCAAGUGUUACCGGAUGCUGCGACUUAUGCCAAUUACCUCUGUGGGUAAGAACAGAGACCCUUUUUGCUGGAAGACAUUUUUAUUUUCUUCCCGUCAGCUUCCUUUUUUAACCUAUUUCAGAGUUAAUUCUCAACCAGAUGACUAAUAGCAACAGGCUAACCAAAUGUAUUAUUCUUGAAGUCAUGGUAUAGGUUCACUGUAUUGUGUGUCUCUCUAAAAAAGCUAACAAUCCAAACUGUCUUUUUGCAGUAUAAUCUUUCAUGCUGCUUAUACCAGACUCUGAGUCUUACUGUUAGUGCUAUAGAAAAACCCUUAACAGUCAAAAAGUAUAGAAUAUCCAGUGUUUUCACUCUGCGAGGAAAAAGGAAAAUUUCCCGCAAAAGGCCAUAAAUUUGGAAGAUUGCUAGUACUUAAAUUAGUGUAACAUUUAUGUAUGGAUGGGGACCUGAUCGUGGUUUAAAAACGAACAUUUAUUUGAUAUCGAUCCUUAACUGAGUGUGUAACAUUAUUACUUUGUGAUGGUAUGAAUUUGUAACACAGUGUGCCAUUAUCACCAUGUUACUUAGGUAUCUCAGUGGUCCGGUGUUCUCUAAGGAACGUUAUCUGUAUGUAACUGUGUGUCGGUUUUUGCUUCAGUUGAAUUCCCCUGGCUUGCUACAAUAAAGCAUGUGGCACAAACAUAUUUUAAAAAAAAAAGUCUUCCCUACAAAACAAGCAUAAAAAAUGAAGAAUUAAAGAAUUCUCGAUUGAGUUUUUUUUCCCUACUUACAAAAUGAGAUCUGGUAAUUUUAGAAGCUGGAGCAAUCAGAUGGAUUUGCAUCAAGGAUCCCAGAGAUCUCAAAUGAAAUUCAGCUGCAGACCUUUAUAAUCAAAGUACUAGACUUACAAAGUAAAACAUUUUUGCAUAAGUCUGCAGUUUUUCAUAGUGGGAUUUUAAAAGGAUCUGUUUUUACACAUCAACAUUAAAUCAAUUUGCUCAUCCUCCACUUGUGCAGUGAUUGUUUUGGUGGAGUGAGAAAAGCUUCUGCUUCAUGCUCGGCAUUAAUCGUGAUAAACUGCUAAAAUGAAACGAUCCCUUGGUGGCUAGCUGGUAGCUAAUGUGACUGCAGCUUUUGCUGGUUGGCUCUAGCGUGAAUCUACUUACAGAUUUUCAGAACUGCUUUCAAUAACAUUCAUCACCUGAUUUGAGAAGUACCACUGUGAUUCUGGUACAUGGUGACAACCAAGUUUACUGCACCCUUUGACUGACUCUAUUGUGACACCUGACUCUUAUCUGUUGUAGAUAUCUGAAGUCAGUGCCAUUGCUGACAGAGGAACAGAGAGCUGACUUUAACCAGCUGGAGCUUGUCAUGACUAAGGAGUUCAUCUCACAACAGCUCAUCCAUCUCAUCGGAUGUUUGGACACCAAUGAGGAGGGUGGCAGGUGAGAUUCAGAUGAGAAGCUCAGUUAUGAAAGUAAAAUGUUAUCGGUUGUUAAAUUUUUUUGUGUUUGAAAAGGAGAUUCAGGCAUCAUAUUGAAAUCUGCAAGAUGUAAAGGUGUGUUAAGGCAGCUAUGAAAAAAAUCAUGUGUGACUAAUUUUCCUUCUUUUUUUUUUGGGAGUUCAAAUAUUGUGAAAUCCUGUCUGUGAUCCCCCUUUCAGGCGUUGUUAUUCACUCUUGUAAAUUUGUUCUGAUGAUAUAGAAAGAGAGUGCUGGCUGUCCUGCAGGAGAUGUUGGCUCUUCCACAGACUCCCUCUUCUCUGGUCUCUCUUCUUACUGAGAAACUCAUCACCCUCAUUCCAGACGACCACAGACGCAUACAGACUGUAAGUAACAUUGACUCUAAAACCUGAACUUAUUCACUAAACUACAUUCAUCUUAAAUCUGGGCUGUUUUCCACUCGGCACACAUGCAAAUUCAAUUGACAUAAUAAUUGAAGAUGAGAUAAACCAUUGGUUCUACCUGCAUGAACUGCUGAAGACUCAGUUAAUCACAGUUCACUAUAAAAUGUUGUCCGUCACAAAAUUUAAGAGAUAUUUCUGCCCUGUAGCUGUGUCAUCACCCAUGAGAUUGAUGUCUAAAUAUACCGGCUCUACCUUGAACAGGUUGCAGAGAUCAUCUCAGAUGUGAGGGAGCCCAUCGUGGAGGCCAGUCUGCCCGUGGAAGAGAACAUGAGCCGUCAGCAGCAAGUCCAGGUGGGGAACUUUACCAACAGAAAGUACCCACAAGCAGCCAGGCUCUGUAACUCCUCCAAUUUCCCUGCUGCUUCUUGGAUGGAUGAUAACACCACACAUUUGGCACACUGGGACAUUCGGCUUUUCUUCAGUAGUGAGGCAGAAAUGUUCACAAGGCUGCGUGGUGAACAUUUGCACAUUUUGCAUUGUGAAUAAUCAAAGUUGAUGUAUAAAGCCGAACAUAUUCUGAAAAAGAGAUGAAGAAGAAAUGCUCUUUUUCGAGUUUUAAGCCCUUCUGUUCUCUCUUUGCCUCCAUCAGUUCCUAUUUGUUUUUCUCUCUGAACCUCCGGCUGCCAGAUGGUUUGUUUUAGUAGUCAAAGCAUGUUUUAACAAGCAGUCUGGAAGGAUCAUAUUAUGCAUGCCAAUCUGAACUCUGCCUGGUAUAUCCAGGUCCAGUAAUUGUGAUUUUUUUUUUUUUUUAAAGAACACAUUUCUGAUUGCAUUGACUGUGAGAACAAGCUUUCACCUACACAAAUAAGCACAGAGGGGAUGCUCACAGCUUUUUUUGGCAGGUGCAACUUUUUAAUCCAUCUCAUUUUCUAAUUUUCAACAAGCUCUCAGCAGAUAAGGUUUCAAAGGCAGAAUCGGUGCCAAGGUAGUCAGCUCCCUUGUUUUAGCUCCCAUUGCUUCACCUGCUCUUUCGCCUCAUUUUUACGCAGCAACAUAACAACGAGACAGUUGUAACCUGCCCCAGAGCCUCAGCUGCUGUUGUUUUUCCUGAUGAUGGAGGUGUAGUUACCUGCUUCACCAUACAAGAACCCUCAGGAGAGUAUUCCAUCAAAGACCCUGCCUCAAAUUACUUCGCUCUCCCCCUCCAGCUUGCCGAGGUGAAGGUGCGUAUCCUGGAGGCUAAACAAACCCUGGAGGACUGUAUUACUGCCCAGGAUUUCAGCCGUGCUGCAGAGGUGAAGGACUCCAUUACCGAGCUGGAGAACCAUAGGAACAGCAUAAUCCAGGAAAUCGCAGCUAGCAGCCAGCCGACUCACAAGGAGAGCAGCACUGAGAAGGUAAAGAUGGGAAGCAGCGUCUUUGUCCUUGAAAAUGUGAUUUACCUGUAAUACAAUUAAAGAAUUUCACGGUUCAAAACAUUUUCUCCAACAGUAAGAAUGCACAGAAAGGGUCUUGAGAUAUAUUUUAUUCUCUGUCUUUCAGAACGAUCCAGAGACUCUUCUGAGAUGUCUCACAAUGUGCGCUGAGCUGCUGAAGCAGAUGAACAUCAAGACAAAGAUUGGUCCAACAACAAGUGCCCUUAUGUCCUCACUGGUAUAAAUUCACAUCAUUAAUGUCAUCUAUAUUUGACUUAUAUCACUGUUCAUGGAAACACCAGUAGGUUUAAGUAUUUGGUUAAUAAAUGAAAAGAUUCAGAGCUUAGUUACCUGCUGUAGUUUGAUGAAGGUUGUUUUUCUACAGCUCCUUGACAACCCAUUAUACUUUUACUGUUAUUUCAUCUAAAUUUUCUAACAGUCAAAGAUUUUGGCACUUUUUGUUGUCACCCACUGCAUUUAUUCUCAAAAUGGACAGCUACACACAAAGUGCUGCAUCAGAAACAAAGUAAAUAGACAAAAAUCAUCUGAUACAUCAACUAGCUGUUCUUCAGCAAGAAUGUAUUUAACUUUAGUGUUUUAGCUUUUCAAACCAUUGUUAAAGGGAUAUUCCGGCGUAAAAUUAAAUUAGGGUCAAACACACUGUAACACCAAGUUAGACACCCCCUCGAGAGAUGAAUGUUGCCGACCGCUUGCUUCUCUAGUUAUACAAGCUUAAGUAACGACCGCAUGAUAGCAAUACACAGCGGUCUGAGGAGCCAUAAACAAACCUCAACCAAAAAGCCACUCUAUAGCCACAGAUAAUGCUCAGAACAAGUCGGUGGAAUUGAAGUCUCAUCCAUGCCAGCAUUGUUUGUUCUUGGCAUAAAUUGGCUAAACUGCAUAUGGAGAUUAAAUCUGUUCAAAAAGGUACUUUGGCAUAAAUGGUCUGUUGUUGUAUUUUAUUGUAAUUGUGUAAUGAUUUUUGUUUAAUUGUGAUAUGUUUUUGUCACACUGCUCCCCCCUGUGUAGAGUGACGUUUCUAACGUUUCCCUCUGUCUCUGUCAGAUUUUGCCCAGUAUAGCAAAUGCUCACCCAGCGGUCCGUAACACAGCUGUGGUGUGUUUGGGAACAUGUAUUCUGCACAGUGCAGAGCUGGCCAAAACCCACAUGGUCCUGCUGCUACAGGUAACGCAUCUAUCAGUGUCUCUCAAAUAAUAACUGCAGUGAAUAAUAAUGAUUUUUACAGAAACAGCAUUUUGACGGUAAUUCCCAGACCUGAAGCUUUUCUUUGGUGUGUGUGUUUCUUAGAUUGCCCAGCUGGAUGAGAUAAAGAUCCGUAUCAGUGCUCUGCGGGCCAUCAUCGACCUGCUGCUGCUGUUCGGCUUCCAGCUGCUCUCUGACAGAACUGCCAGUCAAACAGCCCCACCCACCCAAUCCCAGGAGAGACAGGAGGAGGAUGCACCUUCGACUGAGGAGAAGGGAGAUGUCCCAGAGGACACCGCACAGAGUAUACUUGUGAUGCUCUCUGAGUUCCUGGACAGUGAGGUGAGGUCAAGAAAGUCAUAUGAAUUUCAGUACAAAUGUGUUUGUUGGUUUUUUUUAAAGGUAAGACAGCCAAGCUUAGUUUUGUUGAGUUAUGUGCUUGUGUUCAACACAUCCAGGUGUCUGACCUACGAACAGAAACAGCGGAGGGUCUUGCUAAACUCAUGUACACAGGCCGUAUCUCCAGCGCCAAGAUGUUCUCCCGUCUAGUGCUGCUGUGGUACAACCCCGUCACUGAGGAUGACACCCGACUGCGGCACUGCCUCGGCGUCUUCUUCCAGCUCUACGCCCGUGAGAGCAGGUCAAACUAGCACUCAUACACACAUUGAGCCACGUGAUCAUCUAAAGUGUGUGUUAGGUGUGAUAGUUGAUGUGUUAUGAUGUUUAUACUAAUGUGAAGUUUACUCUUGUGUUUAUUAGGGCCCACCAGGAGGUCGUAGAGGAGAGUUUCCUGCCUACCCUAAGGACUCUGAUAAAUGCCCCAGCCACCUCUCCUCUGGCUGAGGUGGAUAUUAACAAUGUCAGUGAGCUGCUGGUAGAGCUGACCCGUCCAAGUGCGCUUAUUAAACCCUCAACCAAUACGGAGGUAAGAAACAUCCACUGAGAGCACUAUGAACCUACCAAAUCCUCACUGACUAAUCUGAGAUGUGUUAAUGAGAAAUUCCUCAUUAGUGUACAGUUUUUUAUGACCACUCUGAGGUUUGAUAGUAUUGCUUUCUUUCCACAUACUUAUUUUAUUUUUACAGCAGAUGAAGUCUGAAUAUGAUGGUUUGGUUUUUUAUUUUAAUCUAUAUUAGAGAUUAUGCAGCAUAAAAUCUCAUUAAAUCGCUAAAGUAGAGAAAACAUAAAAUGCAGUGCUCUGAGUCCCGCCCUGCUUAUGUCUUUUCAGGAGGUUUGUGUCCAUGACUAUUUGGCUGUGCGUCUGUGUGGGGAGAUGCUGAAGGACCCCACAGCCCCCGAGGUGCGUCUCUACGCGAAGAUGCUCGGCAACCUGGAGUUCAGCCGAGAUGAGACCGUCAGGAAAGACAUGCAGACGCUGCUACAGCAGCUAGUACAGGUACACGCACGGUCCACAGAGGUCAGAGACACCAGCAGCUGCAUGAGGCUGUGUCAAGACUAACUGAUACUGACAAUGAAGAAGCCAACAUAUUUUUGCUUAGUAUUGAGAAUUUUAACCAUCAUGUAUGUGUUGUAGUAUGCUAACACUUAUCAUUCAGAGUCAACAGAUCUACUGCUAAGUAUUAAAGGGAUAUUCCGGUGUAAAAUUAAUUUAGAGUCUAACACACUGUUACACCAAGUUAGACACCCCAUCAAGAGAUGAAUGUUGCCGACCACUUGCUUCUCUGGUUAUACCGACUUCAGUAACGACCGCACAAUAGCAAUACACACCGCUCCGAGGAGCCAUAAACAAACCUGAACCAAGACACCACUCUAUAGCAACAAAUAAUGCUCAGAACAGCACCUAACUUCAUCAACAGUACAUAUAGGGUCCCAGCCACAGCACUAGCCACCAAACAGCUCUUAAAUUUUGCCAAAUUUCUUUAGCAAAGAGACUAAAUACAACUCACCCUCUCUCUUCCAGCAGCCGCUUGUUUGUAGCGAGACCCCAGGCAAGUCCAUUCUGGACUGCAGCGGAGUUACGCAGCUCAAGGAAGAACAUUUAUGGUCCCUUUGAGGACUUUUUAUGGGUUCUUAAAUGGCUGGACAAUUAGUCAUUGAAAUCUAUCUCAAGACUGUACUUCAACAUCAUGUAUCUACUAAGAUUCACUACUUAUUUUCCCUUUUGCUCCGCCUUUUCUUCAGGUGGUGAAAGAUCGCGUCUGUCUUCGUGCUCUGGAGAAAAUGGUGGAUCAGCUUGUUGACUCCAAAGAACAGGCAGAGCUCCUGAGUGCCAGCGCACUGCAACCCCUGGAUGUCAACGCAGACGGUACACAUGCUAACACAGUAACAGCGUGUAUAAACAGCAUCCUGGCUUUUGAACAAGUGUCUCAUCAGUUUGUGUCAAACUAGAUUUGCUUUACUCAUGUUUGUGACAAGUCUCCCUGUAAAAGGAUUACGUGUUAUUCAAUGAUACUAAGUGGAUUAAACAUCUCACUUUAUCCUAUCUGUGCUGAGAGGGACUGCAAAGUAUGAAUUUUCUCUCUCACGUGUUCACAGAGACUGCAACAGACGAUCCAUCUAAAUCUGCCAAGAGAGUCAAAAGAGGUAACGCAGGUUCUGUACACUCAUCCGCAACUGCAGCCGUUGAUACCGCCCAUGUAUUUUUAGAGCUCUUCUCGUCUACCUGAGGCAAGGGGUUGACUCAGCGCUGUGAGGUAACCCGAGUGUUUUGUAUGCGCAGGUCAGAGGAAAGUCGGCACAGCCAAAGGGAGCAGAAAACCAAGCAGGAGGGCAGAGUCAUCAGAGGAGAGGUUUGUUUUUGGGCCAGAUUAGACAUAAGGAUGUUUGAGAAAAGUUACAAAAAACAUAAAAAGAUUUGUUUUCUUUGGUGAAUCAAAGUAGCAGGAUUUAUAUCUGAUUGGCCAAAAAUAACACACCUACUUUUUAGGUGUGUUACUGUCCUAGAUACUGUUCUGAUGUAUCAUUGCUUCCUUGUAGACAUAUUUGAAGGCCAAAACCUGCUGUUCUGUUUGCUCAACAUUUUUAUUAAAGCAUUAAAAAAAGAAGCAAUUAUCUUCUUGAUAAUAGGCUUGAAAAAAACCUUUUUAUUUUUAUAUUUGCUGUCAGUAAUUCCUAACUUGAAAUCAACAACAGUUGCUCUCUAGUCUAGACCAACCUCCCACAUGCCUAUGACCUUGUGUACAAUAUUUAAUAGAGCAUCACAUUUUCAGUCUAAUCUCUCCUCUUUAUUUUUGUUUUGGCUACAGUGAUGAAGAAAAUCUUCCAAAGUCCCCUUCUGUGGUGCGACCCUCUCGGAGAGCCAAGACUGCAGCUCUUGAAAAGACAAAGUUGGACCUCAAUACCCUCAUCAACCAGGAGACAACUAUCCCAUAGAAGUGAGGACACAAGUAUUUGAUCUAAAUCCUAUACAGGAGAUUAUCUUCUUUUAAAAUGUACUCCUAUUUCCUGUUAUGUCAGCCUCACUGGUUUAGAUGUUUUUAACCAAAAGUUAAACAUGUCAAUAAAGCUUAUUAUACAUUUCAGUUGAAUCAAAAUCUCUUUAUUGUUCCAAUCACAGACACCUAUUCACUGCAUCUGCAAUGGACAGUAUAAAAACACGUGAUGAAGAAAAUUUACAACAAAUGUUUAGCACCAAGUUCUUCGACAGAGCUGAUGAUUAUCACAGAGCCCUCACCUCCAUUGUGUUGAAAUGACGAGCAUAGUGACGUACAUACAACUCAGACACACAAUACUCAGUAACAGGUACAAGGUUUGACCUACAGCCAGACGUUUUGGAGCUCUACAGGGCAAGAGUCAGAUAUUGAUCCUGGAUUAGUAUGUCAGUCCCCUGUCCAUCACAUGGUUGAUAAAUCAGUAGGACUAGCUAAGCCUUUGGGGGGGUUUGAGAGGGGUCUGGCUGCAGACCUCCACUGUCAGGACCUGCUCCACUGUAAGGACCCACAGUGACAUUCCUUCUCACGCACUCCAGUUCGUUAGAAGUGGUCAUCUCAUUUUGUAUUUUCUCUUGGUUGAAUAAAUGAAUGCACAAAAAAUCAUAUUAACAUUAUAUACAUAAUAUCAAGCACCAAGAAGUAAAAUAUAUUCUCACAAGACAGAAAAUACGUACUUCCCGGUAUAUUUGCUUUUAUUUUGAAAGGCUCCAAAUGAACUGCCAGUCCACUCAGUGGAGGUGGGUCCUCACAGUGGAGGUCUGCAACCAGAAUGUCUUGGGGGCAUUGUUUGCUGCAACUAAAAAAAAAACAUUUCCACCUGCAUGUACUGUAAAUAAUGCUAGUUUAUUAAUGAUAGUUAAACUUUAAUGCUUUUAGAACAGUUAAGAGGCUUUACUGGAGAGAACAGCAGGUGGAAGAAAAUAUUUAGUGAUACUUCACACAAUCACAUUACACAGCUAUGGAAAAGAAAGAACUAACAUCCCAGGCCAAGGGUAGGGUACAUCCAUUUGUCUGUGAGCAAUAAAAUACUACAUACAAAUAAAACAUCUGGGUUUGUAUUGCACCAAAUAUAUUCUCUAUUUUUACAGUAGGUUUUGGUAAUGGGGCAUGGGAUGUGCAAAAUAUGAGGGUGGAAUCUGUAAAGAAGGGGUAAUAAUCUCAGCUGGAAUAGAGCAAGAUGGAGAUCCAACACCAACAUUUAGUAAAUGCUUUGGGUGAAAAGAAAUUACUACAAAAAAAAAAAAAAAACAAUCAUGAUCUACAACUGCAUCGUGCUAUUGACUUCCUUACUUCCAAGUACCUUUGCAUUUUAAGGGCUGAAUUGGCAAUCUUUAAAUUGAACUAUGCUCAGAUUGGAGUAGGUGGUUAGAGCUGAAAAUGUCAUUUUAAAGAAAUGUGAGAAAUAAGAGUAUGAGAUGUAGUUUAAUAAAUAAUUUUGUUUUAGGACCCAACAUCUGAUUGUGACUAAGGUAAAAAUGGUUGAUUUAAAAAAAAAUCCUUCAUUCAACCAUGGAGUUUUUUGGCUACUAAAUUAUAGAAUUAAAAACAGUAACCAAACAUCAAGGAAUCAUUGAAAAAAGAGGUUCUGGUAAAGAAUGUCAGAAUUUACUUCAACUUCUAAAGUGCCAAAAUAAGGUGGGCUUUAAAUAUCUGAAGGAUUUAAGAGCUUUUCAUUUGGGGAGCAAUGACUUAUGCGUUAAAAAUGUCAUUCAAAUUAAUGUUUACGCAAAGAAGUCAUUGCUGUGGCCUUGAUAAUGAGGUAUGUGUCAGGGGAUGGCACUGUCGAUAAACUGAGAUUAUUCUUCCCACAUUCAAGCACUUCUCUGAAACUGUUCAACAUAAGCUUUGAUCUUCUAUGCACACUAUGAAUGACCGAAGCAAGACGAAAAUAGAAAAUAAAAUCACACAUUCUGUACAUACUUAUCCAAAGAUAAAAGUAGUGCAACAUCAAGCUUUUGUUAAGUUAGACUGCUACAUAAUUGCUGAGUGUAAGACCAAACCAUAUCAGAAUGGUCGGUCCGGGUGGUCAGCUUAAUGUCCAAAAGGCACCACGUUAAACCACAGUCCCUUUACCCAGGUCGGAGGCUGCCUCAUGAUUCAUUUAGGUUCCUGUGAAAAAAAAAAGAGUCCAUGUUAUUUUGUGGCAACUUCAAAGUAAAACUUGAUGUCUCCAGAGUUGUGAAGUAAAAGAGGCAUAAUAGUUACCUAAUACAAAGUCGCACCAUCUGGGCCCACUUAGGCCCCUCAUUCGCGAUUGUCUCAACAUUUUCGCUGGUGGUGGUUGUUCAGUCGACAGAACCCCAGGGCUUCUGUAUUUGCCGUUCUGCCUCCCAGAUUUAAUCUCUUUCUGCUCCUGGACUAAUUUAGGCGCUGAGCCUGCGAGCUCUCUGGAGGCAUUUUGACUCGUGCCACGCUUUCUUUGAGUUCUCACAGCUUUGACAACUUCAGCCAGUUCUCUCUCCCUUCUUGCAAAGUGGUAUGCUGAGGGGGACCCAUCAUCCAGUGUCACAGUACAGGAGUCACAUUCUUCCUCAGGUGAUUCAGUGUCUGGAGAGUUGAUCUUUCUCAGAAACACCCUACAUUCCUUGAGCGUCUCAGGACUCCAAGCUUUUGAAGAUAGGUUCUGCUCCUUGCGUCCGUCAACAGGCUCCCGUGUUUGUUCUGUUGAGUUGGUGGCAGAUCUGUUCUCAAAACAUUUGAGCAACUGCGUUUUUACUGAUCUCCGUAAUGCAUUACAUUUUGGAUUUGGUCCAGACCCCAUCAGUUCAUCUGGACUACCAACAGCCCUUUUUGGAUUUUUCUUAGUCCUUUGAAUCUUCCGCCAUUCCUCUCGAUUUUUGGGGGAUAGGAACCUUGUCCUUGCUCUAGACAGAGUGGCCUGAUAUUUGCCAAAUGCUUGACUUGUCUUCCAUUGGGCUCCUUGACCUGGCCUGCCUUUUGCCAGCCCAGGACCGAAAAGUUGACGCCUAAUAUGUGCUGACUUAGGCCUCUUGCCCCUUAACCCUUUUUGGGCCUGUUGAUAUUGCAAGGGACUUUUUGGCAUGAUUUUUGCAAACUUCUUUAUGUGUUUGCGGAGUCGCUCUGCCUGGGGACUGUAGCAAACACUUUUUGUGUUGGUGGAACGAGGGAAGUGCAUGAGCUCAUAUGGAUUGCGGGAGCUUGCCUUCUUAACGAUAGCCAGGGACUGUGUCUCUGUAGUUUGCAUAAACCAUGAGCAGAGCUGCUGCAUGCUACAAGCCCUUGGUUUGUUGGGAGGACAGUCAAACAGUGUGCGAACCACAGAGGAAUGUUUGGACUUUCUGGUCAGUGGACUGUUGCUCUUUGUGUCUAUUUUAGAAUCAGACGCAAGUUCUUUUUCUUGAUUCUCCUCACUGCUUGGCACCCAGGUGUCCGAAAUGAGUCGUAUACGCCUGGCGAGCUCCUGAUUUGUUGUCUUGUCCUCAGCUGAUGCUGCCCACCACCUUAGUGUCUUUGUUGGAGUAAAAAUGGAGUCCACAGAUAAUGCUCCCACUCUGCCCAUGUCUUCAGAGAUAUAAAUCCUUUCCUGUCCGAAGAGUGGCCUUUCUUCCCCUAAAGUUUGUGCACUAUUCUGCUGCUCACCCUGUUUCCGUUCAUUAACCUUAUUCAGCAGAAACUGUUUAGAGCGCCGUAGCAGAGCAUUACUGUGGCUGUAUGAUCUCGAAGUGGAAGUGGCAACUGCAUGCAGAAAGUGGAUCGAGGGCUUUCUCACCCUCAUUGACUGGCGCACUGCUACAGACUGAGUUGGCAGUUUCUCUUUGCUUUCAUCUCUUGUGUCUACCCCUUUGUCAGUGUGACUGUUUCUGUUUGAUUGAUAACCGAUUGUCCGGGGCUCUUUGGCACAUUUGAUUUCUGGCUGAAGUACUUUCUUAAAAAUCAGUGUUUUGGGAGACUGCCGAGCAUCCUUGUUAAGUUGAAUUUUACGUUGCCGUGGUGAUACUGUAGUCACUGUGACAGAGAUUCCAGAGAUUUUAACUUUAGCUGGUCUGCCAGGUUUCCUUAAGGUAGCAAAAUCAUCUCGCUUCUGGCAUUUGACCUUGCUGCUGGAUUGAGACGAACACUGUUUUGCAGGGCUCACAAAGUUUAAUUCCUCCGGCAAUUCAAUAGAGGCUGUUUUGACAUUACCUGAGUUGGUCUUGCAGCUGUGCAUUGCAAUGCUGCAGUCAGUUUUGGGGCCCGCUGCUUGACAGGCAUCAUGUAAUUCUGUCUGCAGCUGGUGGAAGCCUUCAGACACUGUUCUCUUGUUUCUCCUUGACCUGCCAUACACCACUGUUAUUUUGAGGUUCUUGUUUGCAUUCUCUUCAAUGUCAGGUGAUAAAACACAUGUCAUGCCAUUUUCAGUUUUAGUGCCUGUGUUUGAAUCCGUAGCCUUCUGUUUGCGUGGCCUACCAAUUGGCCUCUUAACUCUUUGCUCCAGCUGCGGCCCCAGUUUCUUUGGCCUUCCCGGGCGCCUUUUUGGAGGUGUGGUUUCAUGGUAAGUUGAUAAGUCACCUGGGGAUCUUUGGCCCCCAGGACUAGCUACACCCUUGGUUGGAGUAACUUCACCCGAUCUUCUCAAACUUAAUUUAGGUGAUGAAGAAGGGGACUUAGGUGAGGAGGCAACCUUGGCUGGUGAAGGGGUUGAUUUGCGUGGUGAAGGGAGUUGACUUGCUUGGUGAAGGGGUUGAUUUGCGUGGUGAAGGAGUUGACUUGCUUGGUGAAGGGGUUGAUUUGCGUGGUGAAGGGGUUGAUUUGCGUGUUGAAGGGGUUGACUUGCUUGGUGAGGGGGUUUUCUUUUGUGGUGACGGAGCUGAUUUGGGGGGUGAAUAGGCUGACUUUAAUGGUGAAUUAGCAGACUUAAGUGGUGAAGAAAUACAUUUUCCUCUUGAAGUACCAGACUCUGUGUCCUGGCUUUUGUGUUUCUGAGGUACCCCUGACCAUGAAGACUCUUCACAUGGAUCAAAAGGUUCCUCUGCUUGUCCACUAGAACUGGAACCAGCUGAUUUGAGACUAUAUCUGACCCCUUCCUCGUCAUUCACUUGUGAUACAAACAUGAGCUUUAUUGGACUUGUGUAUUGGACCUUGGAGUUGAGAGAGCUAUCAACACAUGCAGCAGGUGUGAUGAUGACCUCCUGAUGCGGUGAGGUUUCAGGAGAACCUGAAACAGUCUGUGAGUCCUGUUGUCUCUUUGUAGAUGAUCUUAGCCUUCCAAAAGGUUUGGCAGCAGUGUCUUUUCCAUCUGUCUCUUUGUUUGAGCCGUUUUCUGUCAGACAGUCAUUUUCUUUAGUCUGUGGAAGAUCUUGGGUUGUGGAAAUGCAAGUAGACUUUUUAUCCAAGUGUUUUGAACGCCUCGACUUGAGAUCAGGUGGAGACUGAGAGGGUUCCUUUCCUGAUUCGUUCCUUGAUUCCAAUGGGGUGUCCUUCAUUUCACAAUCUUUGGAUAAGGUAGCCGAUGUACUGGUCAAAACAUCAUCCUUUCUUUUGUCACUAAAGAUGCUUUCAGAGAAACAUGCAACAAAGAACAUUUUUCUGGGCUCUGUGACAUAGGAGGAGAAUCGCUGCGGAGGGACAAUGUUUCUCUUGGAUCUUCUUGAAUCCUUGGUGUGGAGUGUUUGACAUAUUUGCUUCUCUCUAGGACCAUGGCAAUCUUUAUCUGGUGUUUUGUCACUAUCAGAAGUUGGAUCUGAUGGAGAACUGCCUGUUGCACAAAGCUUUUCACAAGUCCUGCCACCCAGUAUUGCUAUUUUUGCACUCACUGGCAUAACCUGGCUUUGUACAAGGUCCUCCGGUGAGCCUUGUUUGCAAUACUUGCUCUGCACCUCAGGGGUUUGAAAGCCAGAGAUUAAAUCCUUCUCCUCUGCAAAUAUAUCCCUUGAUUUCUCUUCAGUCUCAAUGUUUUGAACUUCUUUGUUCUCUGUUUUUUCAUGUAUCUCCUCCUUUACACUGAUACUUUCUGUUGUGAAGUUUGUCAGUCCUUCCUCAAAACGACUAUCCUCAAUGGGUUUUACAUUUUUAAUUUCUGUUUUAGAUUCCUCUUCAAUGUGGUUCAAAUCUGAGGUAUGUAGUUUGGUAUCAGCCACAUUCUCAUCUUUCAAUUUUGGCCUCUUGGCUGGUGGCUGCUUUUUCCUGCUGUAAGACUGGUCAAACAUAGCAAGGUCUCUUUUGAUUUUUAAUGUUUGCCUCCUGGUUGAAGCAUUAUCAGUUGGCGUUGCAAUAGCAGAAAGCACUUCUUGGCGACGGCGGGAUCGGGUAUUGGGUGACUUUGGCUCUUUGCUAUCAUGGCGGUUGAAUAGCUCACUGAGACUGUAGUCACUAGCACUACCUGUGUGAAGGACUGUUGUAAUGAUUUCAGUCAGAUGGGAAUCAGCAUGAAACUGCAAGUUCUGAGAGGAUAAAGGAGACUGUGGCUGCUCCUUUUCGGAAGAAUUAUCAGCAGUAGAAACCAGAGGUCGGUCCUUUUCUAGAGGGUUGAUUGUCUCUAGUUUCUCACUGAAGCGAUUCACCACAUCUUGCAGUGAAGUCCCACUUGGGUUCUGCUCACCAGAACUACUUGUUGGGGACCCGCACUCUUGGUCCCCUUUCCUGUCAAUGCUUGCUCCCUGGUGGUUUGCAUUUAUGGCACCAUCUUCCAGCAUUAGGUCAGCUUCCUCUUCUUGUUUAUGGUGAAGGAGAGAGGGUGGCUUUUCAUUAGUUUUCUUAUUGAUGUCUGAGGAGAUAGGAGACAAAGGUGGUGGAGAGGGGGUCUGCUCUCUCUUUAGGACAGGGCAAGGAGGAUCACCAUCUCCAACCCCUCUUUCUAUUGUAUUCCUAACCUGCAAUGGACAAACAUGGUUUGAAUAACAGAGACAAGGGCGGGGGUUGUGCUGAUUACAGCAGAUCGAUGAAGAAGGGCAUGAACUAGACGCAGCAGUGCACAGGGAUGGAGGUUUUGACAAAGAGGGAGAGGACGCAAAUGAACACUCUUUGUUGUUGAUAUGACCUAGAGCCAGGCUGUGGCAGGAAGUGCAGUGCGGCCUCUUGGGGCAAAGAACAGUGUAAGUUUCCAUCUUGCAGCUCUGCACACAGCCACAGCUUGAGCACAGAGGGGCUUCGUGUUUACAGCCCGCAAUAGCAUAGUGACCGAUGGUACAAUUAGAGUCUCUUGAAUUGCACAUUGUGCCUCCAAGACCUUGAUGUUCACAAUCAACUGAAGAGUAGCACCGGCAGCUGCUGUGGACUUUACAUUCACUUAAUGGGACUGCAUUACAGAUGACAUUAUUGUGUGGGUUCACCCCACAGUGACAGCAGAUAGAAUGAGUUUGGCAAAGGGGUCUGUGAUUGACCAAUGUCAGCAAGUUCUCCUGGUGUGCCAGCUUUAGGAUCUGGUAGAUUAAGGAACUGUGUGAUGGGCAGAGUGAUUUGAGAACGGAAUCCAAUACAGAGCUCUGAUGACACUUGGUCCCUCGCUGUCUCUGAUCCCCCAGUUCUUCUGAAAGUGAUGGCAGAAGGGAGCUAGAGGCAAAAAUAAAAAGAUGGAGGUUUUACUAUCAACCAACUUAAAAAAAAAAAAAAAAGGAAAUAAUCAUGAUUCAAGCAAGAUUGACUGUUCAAAGCUACAAAAUCACUUGCACCAAAUUACUUAUUCAAAGAUCUAAUAAACCUUUUUCUUUAAAAUGUUUGCAAACUAUCACACCGCCAGUUUGAUGUAGUAGUACUUUGAAUAAGUUUCCUAAACUAGUUACUGUCACUACAAGCUAUUAUCAGCCUAGCUCAAUAAAGCUGUUCUUUGAAAGGCAAUCGGCAAGCACUAUUUUAACACAAAAUGACAGUUUUGUUGAAAUAAGGACAAAAAAUGAUUAGAGAACCGUUUUAUUGAUGUUUUGUUGAAGGUAAAUGAUAACGUUCUGCUUGGAGCAGAAGGCUGAUUGUAGAAAUGCCAAAAUCAAAAAUUUUUUCAAAGCACUUUCACCAACAAACCAACAUCCAAAAACAAAACAAAAAAAAUGUAAUAAAUAAGCCUCUACAGUUUUAACCAACCAACAGUUCUUGUUAUGUCAGGUCCUGUGAGUAAUUUUGUUACAUCAAAUGUAAUAACAUUGAAACUUCUCAGGUGUUUGAUAAUUCAGGUACUGCUAUUUGCCCCGACCCAUCAGGGCUAAACUAGGUCAGAUGCAGUAUAAGAUGGUUACAUUCUGUAAUGUUACUGUUGAGUUCAUUACAAACUAAUUUUUAAUCACUUAAAUCAUUAUAUUUUAACAUAAGCACAAAACAACUACAAUAGUCAGGGAUGUAAUUUCAGGAUUAUAUAAAUUAAAGAACUUUCAAAGCUUUCAUGCAGUUAACAAAUACACAUUUCGCACUGCAUCAAAGUGCCUGGAAAAAAAAUCAACAACUACAUCAAGCUUUUAAAAAUCACAGUUCUGAAGCACAAUCAAUAAAUAAGUUUCCAGCAACAACACAAGACAUAUUUCUAAAUUAAAAAAUGCUUUUCAUAAAUCAUAGUGCAAGCAUUGAUGUAUGCAUAAAUAGCACGCCUCUGUUGACUUGUUAGUUUUCUCAGUCCAAAAACACAACUAAUGACUAAAAUACUGUUUGGAAAACAAGCCCAAGGGUGUUCCCAGAGUAUACUGCAAUAAGAGGUUAAACGAUGAAAUAAUUACGCCAUUCUAUUUCUGAGGUGUUAAGGCUUGUUUACAAACUAGUCCUUUGAUAUAAAUAGCAGGUUAUUCCCAGAGUAGAGCUCAGGCUGCACUAUGCUGUAGCCCCAGACACAGGCAGUGUGUUCUGCUUUGAGCAGAGACAUUCAGGUGAGGAGACAUCAGUAUUUGUAUAGUUGAGUUUAAAAGAUUGAAAUUCAAAUCAAUCUGAUUAAAAAUAGCUUUGAAGGAAAAUUUAAAUAGCUUCACAAUUAGGCUUCAACAACAAAUAACACGUACAAAUAUAACUACAAGAACAAAUACUUGCACUAAGAAUUUCGUCUUCCUGAUUGUAGUUAAGAACAUGGCAGACCUCCUGUAAUUGCCACUGGUAUAUAAAAAAAAAUCUCACUCCACUACCUGGAUCACUUAAAUAAUCUAACUACGUAGAUUGAAGCAUUGUUGAUGCCAAUAUAUUUACACUGAUUGUAGAUACUGACAACGUGAUAUCUGCCUGGCAAUGACCUUAAAGACAUUGCAAGACGGAAACAAAAAUGUUAGACAUUUCACAAUGUGUCAUAAGAUAAAAGAACAGUUAGAAACAUUGAGCCUUCCAUGAUCAAUUCCACCACCUGUUCCCUGAAGUUGACAAGUAGAAGCACAAACCAUCUUCUGUGCACAACUGUAAACAUGAAGCAUUAAGGGAAUGAUGUUGCUGGUGCACAGUGAUGAUUUCUUCUCUUUGUAAGGCAUUUACGCAUGAAACACAGCCAGUAUGAUUUACAUCACUUACAACGCCUUUGUUUGUUUGUUUACAUUCUGGCUCCCGGAAGUCGGUCCCUGCCACUUCGGCUCUGACAACAUUGUGCAGAAUUCUAAGUACAAGUUAUGUAUGGCUGGGGACCAACAUGGUGGCUUAUGUGUCGCUUUCAAGUCAUGGCAUGCAUUUGACUCUUGAAUUUCUGAAUAUGACACACUGAUCACUGAAAAUAUCAUAUAGUCUAAACCAGUCAUCAGAUGUUAUUCCUUCAGACUUAAAAAGGCUGAUGAAUGCUUCUAAGCCAAUAAGAGCUCACACCCUGGCAGAUUUAGUAUCAUACGAGAGAGUGUGUGACAUCCGACACUGGGCUACAGGCAAUUUAAGUUCAGAGGUAUAUGUGGCAAUGAGGUUAGAAAGAGAGAGAGAGAGACAGGUGGACUGAUAUCACAGCAAAACAAAUGGAAGCAGCUUUAAGUGGGUUAUCCCUGAACUGCUGCUUUGGUAGUAGCACUGUUGAUGGAAAUAGGCCCAUCUCAAAGACAGACAUGAGUGUAGAUCCAACAUUUAGCAUUUCCCUAAAUACAAAGAGGCCUGUUAGUCUUGCGCUGAAUCAAGUAAUUGUCACACUGUCAACCUUAUACCAAGAAUUACUACUACUUCUACUACUGCUAGACCUUCAAUAGUCAAAACAGUCAACCAUCACGAUAGUUAAUCUUAUUCACUGAUUAAAGUGCCACACAAUUUAAAGCAUGUCACUUUGCAAUCAUACUACUUAAAAUAGCUUCUCUGUUUUAGGUUCGCUUCUUUGUGCCAGGGAAACAGCUGAUUAAAGUCUAAAGCAGCAGUCAUGUAUGAGGUUUACAGUAAUACAGCUACAAGAGCAAUAUCAGUAAAUAUCUGAUUUGAAAAAAACAAACAGAUAAUUUUUCACAAACACUACGUGUACACAAGACAUACAUUUCCCAAGCUUAUCAGUGCACAUUUUAAAACAUGCUGAACAGUUGCAUUUCAACUACACUCAAAACACUGAGACUAGCUUGCACAAAUAGAGGAAAACUAUGUAGACACAAAAUGGCUUUCUCAAGCAAAUCUCUUCAACAAAAACUCAAAACGAGGCUGUUGCCAACACAGCAGUUUAAACUGUACAUUCUCCCUGUUUUAGAGGUGUAUACUCAUAGCGAUGAGCUUUUAAUCUGUUAUAAUGGCUGUAAGUCACUUCAGUUGCCCGGGUAAAAUACCCAGAGAGAGAUAGAAAGCUGCAAAUAACAAUCAUCAAAGCCCACAAGGAGCAUCAAGAAUAAGUCAAACCUGAAUAACCUUAAUAAUCAGACAUUUAGCAAAGGUGAAAGUCACACUUUUUUCCUCCGCUCUAAGAGGUUCGCAGAUGUUUUUCUCAUGCUUGGUUCUGGAUAGUUUGCUGCAUAACAAUUAGUCACUUUUUUAGCAAAAAAAAAAAAAAGAACAAAACUAAAUGAAUAAAGAACUUUCUAAAGGUCUUUAAGGAUAAAGCUGGUAUUGUUCUAACCCCUGAUUACCAAACAAACCAGAAACAACUAUAGGACUUAUCCUUGAAUAUUUGUCUUUUUUCAGUUAUUGAUUUAUCACCCAUGUACAUCUGUGCCAUAAAAGGAAUUUGUUUUCAGAAAUUCACUGUUUAUAGAGUGCACACCUGUAAACAGGCUUACAAAUAGGAAACAGAAAAGUGGAUCACGCUUUGGUUUCAAAGUUGAUACCCAUCAAUAGAAUAAGUCCCUCAAGUGUUGUGGUCUUUUGGUGGUAUAUUUCAAUAACUAAUCACGUCAUGUAAGCUAUAUCCUUAAAGAUCUUAACGCUUUGGUGAAAAACUCCUCGUAGUUUCAGGUUUGGAGUGUUGCAAGAUGCAGAGAAGACAGCUCCUUUUUGAAAAAAAAAAAAGUACCUCGUAGGGUCAUUGCUAGGACCAGGACCAAGCUAGAGUUAAUCAGCUAAAAGUAUGACUGUCACAGUACAGACACAUAGUUAAAAACCUGAAUAUUGAUUUCCAUAUAUUUUGUCAAGGCAUGUGUUGUGUUUAAAUAAAUGUCUCCAGAAAGCAUUUAUCUUGUAAGAGGUGAUGAGUUGAAACGUUGAGGAGUUCAAGAGGCGUUUCGUGGUCUAGAACCUCUUUGAUUCAGCAGUUGAGGCAAGAGUCCCUGAGUUAGCAGAACCAGUGGAGGUACCAGAACCAGAUGAGACAGAACUGGAGGAAUAAUAGUUGGCAGAUUUCUUCUUGGGCGGGUUCUUCAGUGUCCCAGUGCGCUCUUUGACUUUGUAUUCAAGUGUGCUGUGGGGCACCCCAUAAACUCCCUGGGCCUUGGACACGCUCAUGCGACCUGCCAUUACCAUCGUGAUGGCUUCUUCCAGCAGGUCGUGGUCGUACUGUCGGUAUCGCCCACGUUUCUUUCUUGGUUGCUUGUCUUUAUCCCGAAUGCCUGCCCCA